AUGACCACCCGCAGUCCCCACUGGAUCAAUUUCCUCCCCGUCCGAUCACUAGCACCCGUGGAUCCUCGUUUACUUCGCCUGGAAUUCAGGGCUGCUUCGAGCCCAUCUGAUCUCCAAGAAGGUCCCUCACUAUUAUCACGUCGCACGAGUGAGCUUAUGCACAGAGAGGGGUGGUCCCGCAUAUACCAGCAACUGCGCAACACAUAUAAGGGUGACCGUUUUAUGCGUUCUAAGGCAGCAUUCUUCAACACUUAG